AUGGGGCGGGCUGAGCGGUCUAGCGCCUGCGAUGCCUACGCUCAGGCGUCUGCGAGACGCGGCCAGGGGGGCGAUUGCGGCGCGUACUUGUCCGCAGGGGGGGAGCAGCCGUUGCCCCGGGAGACGGUCGUGUUGCUGAGCUGUGGAGCAGGGCCGCUGCAAGUGAUCCUGGGCCCAGAGCAAGCUGCGGUGCUGGAGUGCAGUCUGGGGGUGGCUGCAGCCGGACCCCCCACCAGCGUCACGUGGAGCAAGGAUGGGGGCGCCCUGCCUGAGCACGACCACCUCCGCCUGCUACCCAGUGGCUCCCUGUGGUUGUCCCAGCUGCCAGCCCCCGAAGGUAGUGACGAGCCAGCCCCUGGAGCCCCAGAGGUCAUUGAGGGCAGCUAUUCCUGCCUGGCCCGAGGGCCCCUAGGAGUGGUGGCCAGCCAGGCGGCGGUGGUCAAGCUUGCCACACUCGCGGGCUUCUCUCUGCACCCGGAGUCUCAGACGGUGGAGGAGAACGGGACCGCUCGGUUUCAGUGCCACAUUGAAGGGCUGCCAGCACCCGUCAUUACUUGGGAGAAGGACCAGGUGACAGUGCCUGAGGAGCCUCGGCUCAUCACGCUUCCCAACGGGGUCCUCCAGAUCCUGGAUGUUCAGGAGAGUGAUGCCGGCUCCUACCGCUGCGUGGCCACCAACUCGGCCCACCAGAGCAUCAGCCAGGAGGCCCUACUCCACGUGGCCCGCAGAGGGUCCCUGGCAUCCACCGCAGGGCAGGACGUGGUCAUUGUGGCAGCCCCGGAGAACACCACCGUGGUGUCUGGCCAGAGUGUGGUGAUGGAGUGUGUGGCCUCGGCUGACCCCACCCCUUUCGUGUCCUGGGUCCGACAGGAUGGGAAGCCCAUCUCCACGGAUGUCAUCGUUCUGGGCCGCACCAACCUACUAAUCACCAGCGCGCAGCCCCGGCACUCUGGCGUCUACGUCUGCCGAGCGAACAAGCCCCGCACACGCGACUUUGCCACCGCCGCUGCCGAGCUCCGCGUGCUGGGUGAGGGGGGGGUGGGGUGGGGGGGGCGGAGAGCAGAUGUGGGGGAGAUCGGAUUGGGGAGGGUGAGCUGGGGCCGAGGGAGGGAGGACUGGGGGAGGGGGGAAAUGNNNGGCGGCGGCGGCAGCCUGGUCAUCACACAGAUCGGCCUGCAGGACGCCGGCUACUACCAAUGCGUGGCCGAGAACAGCGCGGGCACCGCGUGCGCCACCGCGCCACUGGCAGUCGUGGUGCGAGAGGGGCUGCCCAGCGCCCCCACGCGGGUCACCGCCACGCCGCUGAGCAGCUCCUCCGUGCUGGUGGCCUGGGAGCGGCCCGAGCUGCACAGCGAGCAGAUCAUUGGCUUCUCCCUCCACUACCAGAAGGCACGAGGUAUGGACAACGUGGAGUAUCAGUUUGCAGUGAACAAUGACACCACUGAGCUGCAGGUUCGGGACCUGGAACCCAACACAGACUACGAGUUCUACGUAGUGGCCUACUCGCAGCUGGGGGCCAGCCGCACCUCCACCCCAGCGCUGGUCCACACGCUGGAUGAUGUCCCCAGUGCAGCGCCCCAGCUCUCCCUGUCCAGCCCCAACCCCUCGGACAUCAGGGUGGCGUGGCUGCCCCUGCCUCCCAGCCUGAGCAAUGGGCAGGUGGUGAAGUACAAGAUAGAGUACGGUUUGGGAAAGGAAGAUCAGAUGUUCUCCACCGAGGUUCCGGGGAACGAGACACACUUUACACUGAACUCACUUCAGCCCAACAAGGUGUAUCAAGUGCGGAUUUCGGCUGGCACGGGGGCCGGCUAUGGGGCCCCCUCCCAGUGGAUGCAGCACAGGACGCCCAGUAUGCAUAACCAGAGCCACGUCCCUUUUGCCCCUGCAGAGCUGAAGGUACGGGCAAGGAUGGAGUCCCUGGUCGUGUCGUGGCAGCCGCCCCCUCACCCCGCCCAGAUCUCUGGCUACAAGCUAUACUGGCGGGAGGUGGGGACAGAGGAGGAGGAGGCCAAUGGUGAGAGCCCUCCAGGGGGCCGUGGAGACCAGGCUUGGGAUGUGGGGCCUGUCCGGCUCAAGAAGAAAGUGAAACAGUAUGAGCUGACCCAGCUAGUCCCUGGCCGGCUGUACGAGGUGAAGCUGGUGGCAUUCAACAAACAUGAGGACGGCUAUGCGGCAGUGUGGAAGGGCAAGACAGAGAAGGCUCCCACGCCAGACCUGCCCAUCCAGAGGGGGCCACCCUUGCCUCCGGCCCACGUCCAUGCGGAAUCAAACAGCUCCACGUCCAUUUGGCUUCGGUGGAAAAAGCCAGACUUCACCACGGUCAAGAUUGUCAACUACACUGUGCGCUUCAGCCCCUGGGGGCUCAGGAAUGCCUCCCUGGUCACCUAUUACACCAGUUCUGGAGAAGACAUUCUCAUCGGCGGGCUGAAGCCAUUCACCAAAUACGAGUUUGCAGUUCAGUCCCACGGCGUGGACAUGGAUGGGCCUUUUGGCUCUGUGGUGGAGCGCUCCACCCUGCCUGACCGGCCCUCGACGCCCCCAUCUGACCUGCGCCUGAGCCCCCUGACACCGUCCACCGUUCGGCUGCACUGGUGCCCCCCCACGGAGCCCAACGGCGAGAUCGUGGAGUAUCUGAUUCUCUACAGCAGCAACCACACCCAGCCCGAGCACCAGUGGACCCUGCUCACCACAGAGGGGAACAUCUUCAGUGCUGAGGUACACGGCCUCGAGAGCGACACUAGGUACUUCUUCAAGAUGGGGGCGCGCACAGAGGUGGGGCCCGGGCCCUUCUCUGGCCUGCAGGAUGUGAUCACUCUCCAGGAAAAGCUCUCAGACUCUCUGGACGUGCACUCGGUCACGGGCAUCAUCGUGGGCGUCUGCCUGGGCCUCCUCUGCCUCCUGGCCUGCAUGUGUGCUGGCCUGCGCCGCAGCCCCCACAGGGAAGCCCUCCCGGGCCUGUCCUCCACUGCUACUUCUGGGAACCCGGCGCUGUACUCCCGAGCCCGCCUCGGCCCCCCCAGCCCCCCGGCUGCCCAUGAACUGGAGUCCCUUGUGCACCCCCGUCCCCAGGACUGGUCCCCACCGCCGUCAGAUAUCGAGGACAGGGCUGAAGUGCACAGCCUUAUGGGCGGCGGUGGUCCCGACUGCCGGGGUCACUCCAAGAGAAAGAUCUCCUGGGCUCAGCCAGGUGGGCCGAGCUGGGCAGGUUCCUGGGCAGGCUGUGAGCUCCCCCAGGCAGGCGCCAUGCCGGCUCUGACCCGGGCCCUGCUGCCCCCUGCUGGAACCGGGCAGACGCUGUUGCUGCAGGCUCUGGUGUACGAUGCCAUAAAGGGCAACGGGAGGAAGAAGCCACCCCCAGCCUGUAGGAACCAGGUGGAGGCUGAAGUCAUUGUCCACUCUGACUUUAGUGCAUCCAGAGGGAACCCUGACCUCCACCUCCAAGACCUGGACCCUGAGGAUGCCCUGCCUUCAGAGGCUCCUGACCUCACUUCGGAUGUUGUGGAUCUAGAGCAAGGGGCAGACUGGCCAGACAGGGAGCUGGGAGGGUGUGAACAGGUGACCCCUGGGCCAGACAGACUUACCUGCCUGCCAGAGGCGGCCAGUUCUUCUUGCCCCUACCCGGGCCUCCCGCCCAGUGAGGCUCUGGAGGAGGCCCCUGGGAACAGCUGCCAGCCAAAGUCUCCCUGCCCUCCAGGAGACAGCCCAGGCCUGCCCAGAGCCCCAGUCUCCUCCUCUGCUGAGCUCCCCUAGAGGGCACAGUUUGGGACAGGCUCGUGUAGAUCAUGGGACAUGACAUGUGUGGCCACGCACGUACACAUGUGCACCUUCAGGUACUGAACAUCAUCAAGCCAUUGGGAGCCCCCUAGGGUGCUUCGGCUCAGGGGAGAGGAAGAAAUGGGUUAUUGACUCCCCCUACAUGCUGUGACACGUGAUAUGUGAGACACAUGUGAAGCACGGCUAUACGUGAUGUACACGUGUGUGAAACAUGUGUGUGCUGGUUGAUGAGUUGGGAAACCCUGGCCCAGGCAGUGGUCACUACAGCCUGACUGAUCUUCCAGGUCAGGACGGUGCCCCAGCGUGGUCCAUCCCCAGCCCUGUGGGCUCCCACCUCCGUCACCCAGCCUUUUUAUUACACACUCUGAGAGUGUCUCCAGUGCCCUGUCUGACAGAGACAGCCCCGGCCCACUUCCCUGUCUCGCGGGGCUGAGUGCAAGUAGGCUCUGAAUGCCUCACAUCUUAAUUGCAUCACCCCCCCAUCUCCCAUGUCCCCACUGCCGGAAUUGAGAGGGUGACGCUGGCCCCCCCUCAGAGCGACUCUGCAUCUAAUUUUGUAAUCGGGGAAGUGCCUGGUUUGGAAAAUCUGCUUUCUCUUGCUCUCCCCUCCUUCCCCCCUCCCCAUGCCCUCCUCUAGUGUCCAUCUCCCAGUCCACCUGCCCUCCCCGUCUUCCCGCCCAUCUCUUCCUAAUUCUCUCGCCUUUCCUCUCUGUGGUUUCCCUGUAUGUCUGUCACACCUCUCUCAGACCGUGUCAUGUGGUUCUCCUGCCUGGGGUUCAAUCUCUGCAUCCUUCCCUAACAACAUGACUACCUCAUGUCUGCUUCGAGGCCAUAGUGCAACUCUUGUGUCCACCAUCCACUUCAGCCAUCAUCCUCCUGCCCCUUCCUCUCUGUACCUCCAAAGGCCCCCUCCCCAGGCAGACUGCACCUCCCCUCAGCCCAGUGCAGGCUUGGAGAAGACCUUCCAGCUUCCCUUGCAUCUUUCUCCCUGGGACUGAGACAGGAGGGUUCUUCUUGGAGGGGAUGAAUGUAAGUCACACAAGGACAUACCUUAGACCAGGAAAGGGGAACGUGACCCAGAGGCUCAGGAUAAAAUUACUCCGUCCCUUCUAGACAGGAAGACAAGUUUGCUGGAUGGAGGCAGUUUGGGGCCUUCCUUCCCAGCUAAAGCUAGAAGGGUGGUAGGGGAGAGGAAAUCAGGAGCUCUGAAACCCCGCCGCUUCCCACUCUGUGCAUCUUGAACAUGAGCUGAUCGGGUUGGGGUGAGAGCGUCCUCUCCUCCUCUGGGGUGCUGGAAGAGAGGUCUUUGCCCAGGACAAGGGUGAGGGGCUCAUUUCAUUUCGUUUUGUCUUUAAAUGCAAUUCUGAAGUCAUUAUCUUUUGGCCUGCCACACAGGGACAAGCUUGACUUCUCUUUCCUGUGGAGAGGAAACAGUGUCAUUUAUUUGAUUUUGCGCCUCAGCCUCUCAUAGGAGCAUAGAGUACGCGGUUGUGGUCUUUUCUCCUUGAAUGCAUCCUUUUUCUUACUGAUCAGCACAUCAAGGGUUAACUCUGGCUUCUGGGCCAAAUUAGAAAUAACCAGUCUAUCUUUCCCUUUUUUUUUUUUUAAUGGUGAAAUGUCUCUCAGCGGAGUUGCAGCUUCCUCAGACCCUUUCAGCAUCUGUGUUUAUUACACUCGGGUGUCACUCACGUUUGACAUCCGCACCUACGGUUCCUCCCCCUCCCCCUCCUUCAGCCAGCCUCUGAUAACACUAAAGAUUAUUAAUGUUGGUUUUGUAUCUCGUUAAGGACAAAAUUGUCACUUGUACUAUUUCUGUAGCAUUCAGCGUUGCUGUGGCUAACAUCACUGUGUAUGUUUCAUCAUUGCUCUGAAGGUCAAAAGCCUCAUUUUAUUUUGCUGGUUUAUUUUCCUUUAGGAAAAAAAAAAAAAACUGCCCUGAAUUAAAUGGCUGUUUUAACAGUAGGCUCUUAGCAUUACACCACAUAGUCAUUUUUCAUGUUCUUGUUUAACAGGCACUGAGGUUCUGGUUUAAAUUAAAUAGCUGCAAAUGAGACAAUUUAUAACCCAUUAGGUUGGGUGGAAAAUUGUUUCUCAAAAGCAAAUAAGUAAUAAAUCUGGUAUCUGCCUAUAACUCACAGUUGAUAAGAAAGUGGCCAUUACUCAUUAGCAUUAUAUAUGAUUUGGGCUCUGGGUAAUUUGGAAGUGUUAGGUUUGUGUCUUUAUAGCAGUAUUUUUAUUAGAAAAGAGUCUAUUGGCCUUUUACAGGGUAUUAAUCCCUUUGUCACCUACCAUUGAUGCCUUACGGUUUUUGAGUCUCAUUUAAAAAGCUUUUUCUUGAUGCAUGACAAGUGUAAUCGGUACCUGCUCAUUUAUUUGUCUGUAUUUAGUUUUGCUGUAUUAUUUAAUUAUUUUCCCAGCAUUUUUUUUCUUCUUACAAGUAUGAUAUUCUUUAGUGUUAAGCCAAGGCGUUGAUCAUGUAUCUGUCCUGAUAAUGAAUUAAUAAACUAUUUUCCAAAAA